AUCAACCUAUACUUGUUAGGAUAGGGAAAUUUUUGUAGUUAGAGAGACUGAAGCGCCGCGAGGCUUUCCAUUGACGUUGACCAGCGGCCGCUCGCUCUAAUAUGUACUCGCUUGGCGUGCACGGCCAGGUGGCUGCGCCUAGCGUUGCCUCUGCUGCUAGCUCGCGGCCGGCAGUUGUCCCCCGCAACGUGCAGUCUCGCCCAGCUGCGGCCCCCACUCGGCCUGCGACCCAUUCGACGCUGCCUGUUUCGCCUAUUAAGUAUCAGCAGCAGCGUACUUCUAGCGUCGUCGCUAUGGCUUCGGCGGGCGCGAAGCAAAGUGCCGAGGUGCCCAUCGCGGAGCUGCGCACGCUGUGCACAAAGGCGCUGAAAACUCUGAGUUACACCGCUGACGAAAUUGAGAUUCUGAAUGACGUCCUCUUCUAUGCCCAGCUGCGUGACAACAACCAGGGCAUUGUCAAAAUCACAUCGGGGGGCCUGAACAAGUCGCCUGCGGCCCGCCCGCCGGUGGUUGAGAAGGAGACGCGGCUGUCCGCGCUCAUCAACGGCAACAACAGCGCGGGCAUGCUGGUGCUGCACAAGGCCACCCAGAUGGCCAUUGAGCGCGCCCGGGGCCAGGGCUUCGGCAUCGUGGGCACCAACCACACGCCCAGCAGCACGGGCGCGCUGGGCUACUACGUGGACCUCAUCUCGCGCCAGGGCCUGAUCGGCAUCGUGCUGGCACAGUCGCCCGAGUUCGUGGCCCCCCACGGCGCCAAGCAGCCCAUCUUCGGCACCAACCCCAUCGGCAUCUCCAUCCCCGCGCAGGAGGGCGCUGUGACCAUGGACAUGGCCACUGCCGCCUACGCCUGGUUUGGGCUGCUGGAGGCCAAGGCGGCGGGCCGGCCCAUCCCGGGCGACGUGGCCAUGAACGCGGAGGGGCAGGCCACCACCGACCCCAACGAGGUGCUGCAGGGCGGAGCCAUCCGCGUGUUCGACAAGUCCUACAAGGGCUCCAACCUGGCCCUGAUGGUGGAGCUGCUGGCGGGGCCGCUGGUGGGUGCGGCCGUGGCCGACAAGCUGGAGGAGAAGAACUGGGGCAACCUGGUGGUGGCCAUCGACCCCGGCCUGCUUGGGGAGCCCGAUGAGAUCAAGCGCCGGGUGCAGGUGGUGCUGGACCGGGUCCGCGGCGCUGAGAAGCUGCCGGGUGUGGAGGAGAUCCUCAUGCCGGGGGAGCGCGGCAACCGCAAGGCCAACGCGCGCAUCGCGGCGGGCGUGAUGCCGCUGGAGGUGAACCUGCUGUCCCAGCUGCGCGCCAUGGCCGCCAAGUACGACAGCCAGGGCAGCCCGCCCGCCUCGCCCGCCAAGCUGAGCGUGGCCACCCGCCUGGUGCACCCCAAGACCAAGGUGAACGACCCGUACGGCGCCUCCAUGCCGCCUCUGUGGCAGACCGCCACCUUCGCGCAGCCCAGCGCCACCACCUUUGGCGAGUACGACUACACGCGCAGCGGCAACCCCACACGCACAUGCCUGGAGGAGCAAUUUGCGGAGCUGGAGGGUGGCGACCGCGCCUUCGCCUUCACGUCGGGUAUGGCGGCGCUGGCGGCGGUGUGCAAGCUGGUCAAGACCGGCGAGCACAUCGUGGCGGGCGAGGACAUCUACGGCGGCACCAGCAGGCUGCUCAUGCAGGUGGUCCCCAACGCCGGCGUGUCCGUCACCAACGUGGACAUGACCGACCUCGAGGCUGUCCGCGCCGCCAUCCAGCCCGGCCGCACCAAGCUGGUGCUGGUGGAGAGCCCCACCAACCCGCGCAUGCAGAUCUGCGACAUCGCAGCCAUCGCAGCCAUGUCGCGGGCGGCCGGCGCCGUCACGUGCGUGGACAACUCCAUCAUGGCGCCCGUGUUCCAGCGACCCCUGGAUCUGGGUGCUGACAUCAGCAUGACCUCGGGCACCAAGUUCGUGGGCGGGCACGGCGACGUGACGCUGGGCCUGCUCACAGUCAAGGGCGAGGAGCUAGCCAAGCGGGUCUACUUCUUGCAGAACGCCGAGGGCGCGGGCCUGGCUCCUUUCGACUGCUGGCUGGCCCUGCGCGGCCUCAAGACCAUGGCGCUGCGCAUGGACCGUUCCGCAGACAACGCGGCGGCGCUGGCCGAGUUCCUGGCCCGCCACCCGCUGGUCAAGAAGGUCAAUUACCCCGGGCUUCCCUCCUCGGACGGGCACGCGCUGCACAUGCGCCAGGCCACCAGCGGCGGCUCGCUGCUCAGCUUCGAGACCGGCAGCGUGGAGGCCAGCAAGAUCAUUGUGGAGGCCACUCAGCUGUACAAGGUGACGGUAUCGUUCGGCAACGUCAACAGCCUCAUCAGCCUGCCCUGCUACAUGUCGCACGCCUCCAUCCCCGCCGAGGUGCGCGCCGCCCGCGGCCUGCCCGACGACCUGGUGCGCAUCAGCACUGGCAUCGAGGACGCGCGCGACCUCAUCGCCGACCUGGACCAGGCCAUGAAGCUGGCGAUGGAGAAGACCGGCUUCCGCCCCGCCGCCCCCUCCACCUCCACCUCCGCCCCCAGCACCAGCGCGGCUGCGCCCGUGACCUACAGCUUCAGGCCGGGGCAGCCGCAGCAGCAGGGCGGCAACGGCACCGCGGCGGCGGCCAAGGCGGCGGCGGCGCCGCUGACGGCGGGCGUGCCGGCGUCGGACCGGGAGCAGUGGCUGAUGGAGCGCAUCAGCAGCCUGGAGAGCCAGCUGGCGUCGCGCCAGUCGCAGUCCGGGGGCCAUCACUGAGGCGAGCGUGUGCCUGGGGAGACGUGCACUAGUGCCGGCGUUGGUGCCGCUGCUUUUCCAGCGGGUGCGCUGCGCCAUGGAGCUGCAACAGGCUGCUGCAGGUGCAGGCGCGCGUGAGCACGACCCGCAUGUGUGUGUGUAUGUGUGUGUGUGUGCGUGUGUGUGUGUGUGUAUAUAAGCAGGCUGGGCCGAGUGAUUGCGGCGAGCCGUUCACAUGCUGGGUAACGCAGCGUGGUAGUGCAGGGUGGGAGCACUGGUGGGGGCAGCGCAGGUGACGACAUGUUGCAUGGGCGGUCUCGUCACGUGGGGGGGGCUUCAAGACAUGGUGGUAGAAAGCCAAGGGGUCUAGACCCGCGCGCGAAUGAACACCGUAUCAUAUCGUUACACCCGCUGGGAACGCGUUCUUGACUGAUAUUGCUUCUCAGCUGGGGAUAGGGAGAGGGGCCAGGACUUGCAGCAGGUUUUUACGGCGCCGAUGGCGUGUUGACCUUGCAUUCGUUCGGAGGCAGCACGCAUGAGGACUUGCUGUCGAGGGUUGGUGAUGAUGUUGCUUCGGCGCAGACGCGUCGCGGGCGGUGUGGGACAAGGCGUGCCUUCACGUUGGUGAGUGCACCGUGUGAACACCAGUGUGGGAAUGUCACAUGAAUUGGGGGCAUGGGUGGUGGACUGGUGGUACCUCGGACCCUGCAGGAAUGCAGUGCGUGGUGGAUGUAAUUCGAACCGUGA